UUAAAAAUGAGAAGGCUAUCAUUUGAUGUGCAUGUAUGGUUUAUAAAAACAAAAUAUGUUGUUCUAAAACUAGGUACCUUUAUGGUUGAUAUCUAUGUCCAAGAGGGAGAUUCAGUUAAGCUUACUUGUCCGAUGAAAAUUCCUAUAGCUAAUCUCACUUGGCGUGGACCACCAGAAUAUAACAUAUAUGCAUCUGGAACUACUGAAAGUGAUAUAAAGAACGUUCAAGUAAUUCACGUAAAGAGCACAAAUGAAAACAUUUUGAAGAUAUUAAAGUUUGAAGCAGACAAUGUAGGCUUAUAUCAAUGUAUAUCAUUGAAUGGAGGAGACGAUUUGUUCAACGUUACUAUGUUACGAAUACCAAAUGUGUCAAUAGUAGAUGAGUUCAACCCAAGAGAUGAAACUCUUAGCCUCUCUUGCAUUGCAUCAGGUGGUGUCCCAGACAACUAUACUUACGAAUGGGAACAAAGAACAGAUGCAUAUGAACACAUACGUUACCUUUCGUCGAAACCUUUACUAACAAUUAGAAAUAAUUCAAUUCAAAGUAAUGGUGUAUAUGUUUGCAGAGUGUUCAAUGCAUAUGGUUUAAGAACAAGACACAAGCCUGACUCGCAAUGUGCUGUAUAUAAUUUAACUAUAUCAGCUGUUCCACAUUUUGUAUUCAACAACACUCAAGAACUCUACAUCUACCAAAACCGAACGACUGAAAUAAGGGUGUAUUUUAUAGCACACCCCGCCGCCAAUAUCAUCUUACUAAUGGGCAACAAACCAGCUCUUGAAUUUAACAGUAGUGAUAUAAUUAUAUCAGUCCAUAAAACAACGGUUGUGGACUAUUAUCAUGACAAGGCUGUUAUUGUGAAUGGGUAUGAAAUAAAACUUCGGAUUUGUGUACGAGAUACAUUAGAUUUUAGCAACAUAACAGUUGUGUUGCAAAAUGACAGAGGAUCGAACAAUUAUACAAUACAACUAAAGAUGGAAAAGCACACAGUACAGUAUAAACAAAAUGUCGGAAGUAAGCCACUGCUGGCUUCACUGCUAACGCUAUCUAUAUUUGGUGUUUUUGCUGCAGCAUUAGGUCUGAAAUUUGCUUGUGGUAAAUAUAUGACUCAAAGUUGUAAAGACAACAGUACUGUACAAUCGGAUGGUAGUAUGACAGAAAAUGAUUAUGAUGCAAGUACUCCACAAAGACAUAAUGACGUACAGGCCACUUUUGUUAAUGAUGUGUACGGUGACGUCAACCAAAUAGAAGAUAACUUCCAUAAUAUGUCAAAUUGACAUUAAUUAGAAGAACGCUGCAGCAUUGACAACAUACAUCGAGAUAACAUUGUAUGAUGGAUGAUCAGAACGCGACAAACACAGUGAGCGGAAAACAUAUAAGAUCAUAACAAUUUGUAAAAUCGGGUAGUACGAAGAACCUAUUCAUUGUUUAACUUUCAGUCACAACACAUAUUAGUCAGUUGAUUCCGACUCAAAGAACGGUUUUCCAAAACCAAUCCUCUACUACAGACGGUGUGUCCAGAAUGGAGGAGAAUAGAGUAAGCUUUAAUUUAGUUAUCCAUCUAACGACGUAUUAUUCAGCGACGCGACACAGAUGAGUUAUAUAUUUGAAUAUACAAAAAAAAAAAAAAAAUAAUAAAUAAAAAAAAAAAAAAAAUAGUAUUUAUGGUAAAUGAUUAUUACAUUUUUCAUGUAUAUAAUUUGUUAAGUAAUUAUAGAUAACAUUUCAGAGAAGAAAAAAAAACACUCUGGUGGACGAUAUUAGACGAUUAGAGACUAAUAGAUUAAAGACUCAUUACGUCAACUUUAAUAAAGGACAACAUAUCAUGAUCUGGUUCAAAAUGCAACCGUACAUUGUAUUUGUCCAUGCAUAUUUCGAGAUACAUCUUCAUCUUGAAUAUUUGAGUGUCUUCAGUCGAAAGUUAAAGUGGUCCAUGUGUGUAAAAUAUAUAUUGUGAAAUACAAAGCAACACAGUGCAAAACGAGAAAAUACAUAGCACUCGAAAAAGCCAAUUAUUAAACCCUCGCCUUUAAAGACGACAUUAUAAAUGACUCUCACAAGACGUUGAUUUUUUUUUCGAAAUACGAAGGAUUUUCUAGCCCAGGAAUAAAUAACUGCAGCUGUAUUUGGCAAAACCUUUUGGAAUCUUGGGCCCGUAAUGCUUUUCAGCUUCUUGCUUUAUUUGGCCUUUUCAAAAAGAGAGGCGAGGGACACCUAAGGGACAUUCAAACUUCAACUUUUUUUUUAUUCGAGCGUCCCUGAUGAGUCUUCUUAUAACGAAACGCGAGUCUGGCAUACAAAAUUUAAAUCCUGGUAUUUUGUAUAAGUUAAAUUAUAUGUUUAUACAUUCUUCUUAUCAUAAUUACUGUCGCAAAUUACACAGUCGAUAAUGCAUUUGUUUCAGCUACAUGCUAAUGUGGUUACAGAUAUAACUCGUUGGUUUGUUUACAGGAGUUAAAGUACAUUGAAGUUGAAUUUAUUCAAACGUCAAAUCAACGAAGACAGGUAAUGUACAUGGAUGAUCGUACCCCAUAUGCUGAUGUAGACCUGACAAUCAAAGCUGAUCCUUUGCCAGAUACAGAUUCAGAAAGUGAUGAAGACAACAUCUCUUGACUCUGCUUAGUUCUAUUUUGAUUAAUUUAAUACCACUUUUAGUUAAGAAGCUUUUCAUCAACCGGAACAUGUAAGAAUAACUAUUUCUGACAAAUGAAAAGAAUCUUUUUCUAUCUUUUGCAAUUUGCAAUAGACAGUUGGCAAACAUGUCCACAGUGUGUAUCAAAAUUAAUGUAUACUUUUAAUAAAUCUAUAUGCUCCUAA